GGGCAUGAUUCAAGACCGUCGACGACGGUGAUGCGCGAAGGCAGCGGCCGCUUUGACGACGUAUAAUGUGAUACCGGAACGCGUCUUCUUGUAUGUCGGAAGUAGUGACGCGCGCGCGGGGCCAGGGUCUCGUCCGCGAUCCCUUGGAGUGAGGGAACGGGCGAACAAGACGAAGGACGGCGAGUGGGGCCCCACGCACAGUAUGGGUAUAACCUGUCGGACAACGGCACGUUGCAGCGCACCGAUCCAUCGCGGUGGAGUCCAGGACGGAGCGACUACGGUCGUCAGGUCGUCCGCUGCACAGUAUACACCAUGAUGAUAUGAAUCUCCGGCGACGAGAGAAAAGAGUUGAGAGAGAAGAGUGAUCCGAACAAGUGUCCGUCAUGUUCCACUAUUUGCAUCUCAGAAGUCGUUUUCUGCAGACCCUGAUCCUCGCGUUGAUCGGCCUGACCUUCUAUGCGUAUUACCGUACCACCAUUUAUGAUGUUCACCAAUACAGCUUGCCACGGAACACCAGUUUCUCUGUGUAUCAAGAAGGCCUCCAUGUGCAUACAAAUCUCAGUGUGGAUACACGACUUAUAGCAGCAGCGUCCAGGAACUCCAACUCGGACAACGUGUCUCUGAGUCCAUAUGCAGUACACAAUGCGAGCAACAACUCCGCGAUCGUUAUCACGACGCUGUCAACAUCCUCCAGCGCGCAGUCCUCCGCGUCAUCUUCCGUGAGCACAUCAAUCAGCUCGAAGCAAAGCGCGAACGAGAAGCUUCAGGUGGUAAAAGUUGCCAAUACGACCAAGUCAGCGCCGAUCGCAAUCCGCAAUGAUUCGGCGCGCGCCAUAUACGAGGUCGGGCACACGGUGCCAAUCCCUGAACGCUGUCCAAAUUUUGGCAAAGAAAUGGAACUGGUGGUGAUUGUUAUGUCCGCGCCAACGCAUCUCGAGGCGCGGACGGCAAUCCGACAGACUUGGGGACACUUUGGCCAACGCAGAGAUAUGAGCGUGCUCUUCAUGCUCGGCACUACUCUGGAUCCUAAAGUGGAAGCGAUCCUACGAAAAGAGCAGAACAUGUACAGUGAUGUGAUACGCGGACGCUUCCUCGACUCGUAUUCGAAUCUCACGCUUAAGACCAUCUCGACAUUGGAGUGGGUGGACACUUAUUGUUCUAAGGUGAAGUAUCUGUUGAAGACCGAUGACGACAUGUUCAUCAACGUGCCGCGAUUGCUGGCAUUCGUUAAUAAACAUGCAAAGGAUCGUAACGUGAUAUUUGGCCGACUCGCCAGAAAGUGGAAGCCAAUCCGAAAUCGCAAGAGCAAGUACUACGUGUCACAGACGCAAUUCCAGCAGUCGGUCUUCCCAGACUUCACCACCGGACCGGCAUACUUGCUGUCUAGCGACACGGUGCGCCGUUUAUAUGACGCCGCUUUAGACCAGACGUACCUGAAGCUGGAGGACGUGUUCACCACGGGCAUUGUUGCGCACAAGCUCGGCAUCAAGCGCUCGCAUGCCAAUGAGUUUCUGAACAAGCGGAUACAGUACACCGCCUGCAACAUCCAGCGCGGCAUCAGCAUACACAUGGUCAAAUAUAGCGAGCAGUUUGAUCUCUGGAAGAAGCUGCUCGACGGUAAGAGCAAGUGCAAGUGAUAACUAUUAGCGAAGCCAUAGGCGACGAAGGCCCUACGUUUGACCCUGGCGAACUAAAUAGUACCGAUCGUUACCGCCUUAAUGCGAUUCGAGUGCCCGGUUAAACGCCGAUCGGCUGUGAUCAGCCGUCGUUUCACCUCAUUUACGUAGUCAUACACGCGCGUGAACACACAUAUACAUUUGAUUUAAACGUGGAAACAAGCUCGAUGAUAGGCGUAUAAACUAUAAUCAGAGAUUGUAUGUCGUAGCACGAGGGACCUGAAGAUUUCGCCGCUUACAUUUUUACACGAUGCACCAAACGUCUCACGAUUCAGGCUUUUCUCACAUCAAUCGAGAAUGAAAGAGGUCUUUAUCUCGAAUGAAUUUGCUGUAAGAUAGAAUCUGUAGUUUACAUCUCUUUUAAAAAUUCCAAAAAAAAAAUUUAAUUUUAUUGCAGAUAAAAUUAAUUAUAAAAUUGUAUUUUAUAAUAUAAAAAUAUUUUUUAUUUUUGCAAAAAAAAGGGGAACUGUUUCUCUCUCUCUCUCUCUCUCUCUCUCUCUCUCUCUCUCUUGUAUCUCUCUUAAAACAAUUAUUCUGUAAGAGAUUCUAUAAGAGAUUCUAUGUCUCAAUUCCUAGUUUUUUUUUCAUAUCGCAGUGCUAAACUCUGAUAUAGAUAUAGUAGAUAUAAUCGCUCGCUGCAUAUUUAACAAAUCACACCUGCAUAUCUGAUUUUUGUCCCGUUUUUUUGUUUACGAAUACUUAUCUCGCCUUCACAUUACUCGUACAAAACAGAAUAAUUGCAUCUGGCGCUAAGUAUACGAACAAAACGUGGGUUAUUAUUUUUGUACUGUUGAGGAAAAAUACUAUUCAUAUAAAAGAGGUUCCCCCAAGAAAUCUUUUGUGUAAUCGACUACUUUAUUACGAUUACACGUGUAUUCAUAAAUCUCUAAUCAAAUCAGUUUCAAUAUAAUCAGGUCACAGUAACGAUAUGUAGCAGCAUGUAUCACAUAUCACACACUUUCUCUUGGUGAGAAGAAUCUGAAAGCAAUUUUUCCUGAAUGAUAAGUCGAUAUUUCUCAUUACAGUGUCAUUUAAUAUUUAUAUAAUAUUUUGACGAAUAUAUAUACAUAAUUUCUAGUGACAGUUUAUUGAAUUUUAUUUUAAAGAAUUUUAUACUUUCGCAAAUAUCAAGACCGCAGCUUUUAUAAUUAUCAAAUCAAUAUACUCAAUUAUUAUUAAUUAUCAAAAUAUUGAGAGAAAUAUAUUACUAAAAUUUGAAAAGUCUGUUUUAAAUAGUAUUCAAAAAAGAAGAAUUGAAUUUAUUUUUCUUCGAGGAAAUUGUAUCUAUAAUGACGGACAAAUUUUUUUUUCCUACUCUCGAAGCCAACAUAAAAUAAUUGAGAUAUUUGAGUGAACCGGAUGACACGUGAUAAUGUUGCGAUAAUAAAAAACUAAUAGUUAUUUGUUAAUUAUAUAUUUAUUCCACACGACACGAUUGUUAAAAAUAAAUUUGCGAUCUAAUAAUUUCAUAACGAUCACUAAUUUUAUCAUUACAUUCGUUCACCCGACGGUGAACGUUUAAAACCACUUGACCUCGGACACGGGGGAUCAAGCAAUUUCAUUAGGAAGAAUAUAUGUACGCUUUAAAAUGGCGUGAUUUAUGUAAUUCUAACGCUUCGAAUCGCAAUCAUUUCCUGCAAGAAAGUUUUGCCGCGAGGAGUCUGCGCGAUUGUGUCGAUGUGACGCGCAUAUUGCAUCAAUCGAGCGCGAUCACCCGAGGCGUAAAAUAAAUGUGUCACGAUGAAUGGAGCGGCCCCGGAGCACCGGCUUCCCUCCUCCGCCGAAUAUUAUCUAGUCAUCGUCUAGAUAAUGCGUCGUGCGAUAACGCGGGCGAAACUUGUACGCUCGAUAUCGAACAUUCCUUCGUAUAUGUAUAUUCGAGGCAUUCGUUAUCGCAUUUUUUUUUCGUAUCCUGCGGAAGUAUCUUACUAUAUAUUUCCGUUCUUCUCGGUGCCAUACGUCCGAAGCACGAUUAGCAGAGAUUUUUUUUUUGGACCCCCGAGGCACGAUGAAAUAUACAAAUAAGGAGCCACGAACGAUUGGUGUUCGAAAUUCCUGAUUAUAAGUAAAAAUAAUUCAAUCAUUUUCCAGUGAAACAGAUAGCUUUUAUUUUUUAAUGAUUUUUUUAAAUGAUUUUCCUUCUACGAUUAUUAAGUAAAGAGCGUUAUUUGAUUUUUAUUAUUGCUAAAUAUAAGAAUACGCACCCCAGUUAUUUCAUAAAUAUAUUUUUUAUUAAUAUUUUUUUAUUAAUGUUAAUUUUUUUUAUUAUUGGAAAAUUAUUAUAUUUACUUAUAAUCUCAUUGUCUCAGCGGCACAUUGACCGAUUAAUUAUUUUUAUAUCUUAUUGCACCGGGGGCUUAAUCAUUGUGUUCCUAAUAUGCAUUUUGUUUAAAAAAUUUAUUUUUAUAUUAUUAUUGUAAUUGCUUUUAUUUUAUUACUCUUUCACUUUACUUACAUCUUUUAAAUUCGCCAAAAAAUCGAUUAAAAUUGUCACAACAAUCUAACGAAUAUUUUAUAAAGGUCAAAAUUGUAGUAUGAUAAAAAAAAGAAAAGACAGUCUCUCGUAAAAAAAUAAAUGCAGAUUCGUUUAAAAAUAGUUUUACAUUUUAUUAAGUUGACAAAUAUAUCUAAGACGAUAAUUUGCGACAGAAAAAUUCAAAACAAAAUUCCAUUUAUCAAUUUUAAGUGUUAUAAACACAAAAUAAACACAUAAGAUAUAUACAAAAUAUAAGGAUAUAUACAUAAAUUAAAAUUAUAAAUAGAAUCUUGAUAUGAAUUUUAUUGCAAAUUAUGGAUCUUGUCUGUAACAUUAAAAUAUAUUAUUAUGUUUAAUUUUAAAAAUGUCGCCAGUAAAUAAAUUAAUAAACAUCAUGAUAGAAUAAUCAAACAAUAAAUUGUCAGUUUGGUCGUAUAAACACUUGUUUAUUAAAAUAUAUAUUGAAAGUUUAACAAAAUAUAAGACGAUUUUAAAACGCAUCAAAUGUGCGUUUAUCUUUUACGAGACAUUAUCUUCUCUUUCUUUUUAUUAUACGAAUAUCUCUUUUCUUAUAUUACGAAUUUUAUUAGAAUUUUAAUCUCGGUUUCAAUCGAUUUCAAUUUCAUUAAAUAAGCAAAGGAGGGGUGUUCUUUUGUUUGUCUUCUGCAUCUCUUGGGCGCCAUGAGAACACUCGCUCGAAAAAAUCGUGCGCGAAUUAAUGAGCCCCGAAGAUCGGGUCAAGGCUCCUCCGCUCGGUUGCGACAGAGCACGUAGUAGUCCAAUUGUGUCCUUGGCACAAUUUUUCGCUAGCACGUCGAGUGAAGUUGAGGGAUUUUUAUGUGCGAUAAUCGUCAUCAUUUAUAUCGGGAUUAAGGAAACGUUUUUCCAGCCCGAUUAAUUAGAAGAUUGCGGCGUAAUCUUCUCUUCUCCCAAUCUUCUCAUGCGAGAGAAGAACGCGCGGCGAAACUUUGUUUGACCCUGACGAGGGUCAGGAUAUCUAACCACGAGCGAUAUCACAUUAGUCUACUGUAUUUCGUUGAAAAAUCACGUUUCCAUAAGAGAGACUUGAUUUCUUUCAAGAAAAGAUAAUGGAAUAAAGGAUAAAAUAUAUUUUCGAAUAGGAAAAGCAAUUACAUUAUUUGCGUAGAAUCAUGAGCGAUUAUACACUAAAAAAAGAUGAUUUUUUGCUCAUGCGAAUUAUGUAUGCGCAUUUAUUCAUUCAUUUAUGUAAAGGAAGCGCGUAUAGCUUCUCGGAAUAACGGAUCGAUCCUGCAGAUUUAAUGUAGACAAGAAUCCUCGCGAGGAUUUCGUUAUCAAUGCAAAACCGAUUGGCAUCGACGUUCUCUGAACCAAAAAAUACGAGUUAGAAUCCUUUAGUUUUGACACGAUAGUAUACGUACUUACAUGUUCUAAAGAAUCUGCAGUAUUGUAUCAUACAUAUACACGUUCUCUCUCGCUCAUCGCACGAUCAUUGCGUAUCCGGAGAUAACAAUUGUCGCACUCGUCGUAAUGCGCGAUCGUGCGAUGGAUAAUAAUUUAUUUCCAUUCCUCUCUCUCUCUCUCUCUCUCUCUUUUUUCCUCUGUAACCGAUAAAUUAAGCUAGCUACGAUGAUUUGUAUUUUAUUUUUGUAUGCAUCUAUAUUAUAUUACAGAAUAUCUGCGUAAUACACAGUAAAUGUGUAAUUAAUUCAUUAUUAUACAUUCAUUAUUUGAAACAAUCACGAGACGACUGAUUAAACUAUCAAUUGUCUGGUUCAAAUUCUUCCUGGCUUAAUUUUUCGCGCUUGAAUGAAAUGAUUGUUACAUUUCAUUUAAUUUUUUUGUUUUGAUUAAAUGAAUCUUUAAUUGUAAUUAUUAAUAUUUUAUGACAGAUAUUUAUUUAUAAAAAUAUAUAGGAAGCAUACACGUUAUAUUUUUAUUUUAUAAAAAAUUGUAUUGUAAAUACAAGUGUGAAAAUCUGAACAAUUCUCGUUACGCAUUGCGAAAUACAAAACGCAAUUUGCGUAGAACAUCCGGUAUGGAUUAAGAUGUAUGAGUCAAUGAAAUUAACGUUUGCCUUGCAAAACGAAAGCAAGGUGAACGGAUGAAUUAACUGCGUACGUAUGUCGAACCCGUAUAUGCGAAUUAAUUGUGUUAAAUAACUUCUUUAAUUUUAUAAUAUAUCGGCGGAUAUAGAGGGACGCGUCAUUUAAGAGCAUAAUUAUUUUCUUAUUACAUUAUAUAAUUUAUUAUAUUGUAGCGAUUGAUAUUAGUUCUCAUACGAAAGAUCUACAAGGCGCAUUUUAGUUUUUAAAAAAUCUUAAAAGAUACUUUAUAAAAAUUUGUAUAACAUCUCUAAGAAAUAUAAUCUACGAAAUCUCUAAGUAAGAUCUAUAAUACUUUAUAAGAUAUGUAUAAGUGUUAAUUCGAGUCAAAUCAAAAAGAGAACCUUUUACUUCUCAUCGAUUUUCAGCGAUGCGCAGAAAAAAGCGUAAUUUUUAAUAUAUCUCUUAUGCGAGACUGAUGUUUACGCGAGAUUCAUAAAAUAAUUAUGCGAUUAUUCUUCAUCCGUAUAAUUAUCGUAGAGUUAUGUAGGACGUUUUAAGAAAAAAAGUUGUGAGAGAAAAAAAAAAUAUUCGUUUUUAUACGCACAUCUCGCACAAUGCCUUGCAUAUUACGCGUAUCGGCGACUUGAUUUUUCAUACGAUUUUAUUAUCAUGUUUAAUGAUCAAAGAAUGUGUUGUAAGCAUUUAGAGCGAUGUGAAAAAUCGAAUCGUCCCAAAGCUUAUGGAACAAAAAAAAAAACGGCGGCCUGAAGAUUUCCCCGCAUUUUACGUCGAACAUUUGAAAUCGUUCCAGAACUUUGAAUAUUUUCUAUUUCAAUAUUUAUAGCGUAUGUGACUCGAAUGUGACAAGUGCUCAAUAAUCAUUUGAGGAAUAUAAAUUUUUUGCUCAUACUUA